AUGAAUUAUUUUCAACAAGCCCUACAAAUACGAUUAAAAUCACUUCCAAGUGAUCAUCAUGAUUUAACUUCAAGUUAUGUCAAUCUUGGUAGAAUUAAUUCAAAAUUAAAUCAAUACCACAAAGCAUUAGAAUAUUUUCAAGUAUCUCUGACAAUCAUGUCUAUCAUAUUCAAAGAACAUGAUAAGAAUCUUGAAUUAUUAUAUUUUAAUAUUGGUUGUACUUAUUUUAUAAUCGAAAGUUAUCAAAAAGUUCUUCGAAUUCAAUUAAAAGUAAUGGAUUCAACAAAAAAAGAUAAACUAACAAUAACAUAUAAAUAUAUAUGA